AUGGUGUGGUUACUCACUGAUAUUGAUGUGGUACUAUUUGUGGAACGUGGGAUACGCGGCGGUUUGAGUCAGUGUUCCAGUAGGUAUGCGCAAGCUAAUAAUAAAUAUAUUUCAUCGUACGAUCCGUCGAUACCGUCUUCAUAUCUAAUGUACUUUGACAUAAAUAAUCUUUAUGGUUGGGCAAUGAGUGAACCGUUACCGUACGCGGGUUUUGCAUGGGUCAAGAACGUCGAUUGUCUCGACGCGAUAUUAUCUGUACCAUCAAAAUCAAAUCUUGGUUACAUUGUGGAGGUCGAUCUUGAGUAUUCGCCCGAUUUACACGAUAUUCACGCGGAUCUUCCGUUUUGUCCGACGCGAAGUAGACCGCCGGGAAAACGAAGUGAAAAACUUCUCGCCACACUUUAUAAUAAGGAACGUUAUGUGCGCUAUGUGCUUCAACAAUUCGAUUUACUGCCGCUUCUCAAGAUGCGAGAAACUCUCCAUAUAGCGGCACAAUUCAAAUUCAACGUUAAACAAAAUAAAAAAGCAAGUCAUUUAGUUAUAAAUAAUAUCGCAGAAAGUCUCGGCUUGUCAAACCCGAAUACAUUGACGGAUAAGUUAAGCAGUGAAGAGACUUUCCAUUGGAGUGGAAAUGAUCGUCAAGCCACCUAUUUUGUUUAUUAG